AGCACAAUACCUUCUGAAAGAUACUCAAAUAUGGUCCUGUCAAUAUGAAUUUUGCAAAUAACUCAAAAUUUUGAUUCGAAAAUCCAAAAAUGUGAUUAUUAUUGUUUGCUUAUCUACAAUAAAUGGUCAAAGAAUAACUUCGAAUUCUAGAUGUUUUCUUCGAUUAGUGGGGGCAGAUACAAACAAAUUGCGUAGUAAGACUGGGCUGAAAAUAUUUUGGUAGUCAACACCUCUGUCUAUAAAUAUAAAGCGCCACAAGAUCCAAUCAUUCAUCUUCUGUUUUGAAACUAUCCGACAAAAUGAAUCUGCUGCUCGCUGUGUUGGCUGUGGCCGUUGUGCCUAUGAUCACAUUCGCUGCUGUGCCUAAGAAGAUCCUGGACUCAGAUUAUGCCGACUUGUGGAAGGCAUGGAAGAGCAAAUACAACAAGGAGUACGAUACCAUCGCCGAGGAGGCCAAGCGAUUCGACAUCUGGGUCCAGGCCAAGAAAGAGGUCUCGGAGCACAACAUCAAACAUGAAUUAGGGCUGUCAACCUACACUCAAGCCCUGAACGAGUUCUCCGAUAUGUCCGCGGAGGAGUUCAGAUCAAUCUAUCUGGGACACAAACGAAUGCUCAGAAGUGAACACUACGCUGCCGAGCCAUUCCCCGCCCAGGGAUCCGUUCCCGACACUGUAGACUGGGUGUCUGCUGGAUAUGUGACUGGAGUGAAGAACCAGGCCUCUUGUGGUAGCUGCUGGGCUUUCUCUGCCACCGGCAGCGUCGAGGGACUCUUCUACAACACCACCAAGAACCUCCAGUCCUUCAGUGAACAACAGCUGGUGUCUUGUGAUUCCUAUUGUGGCGGAUGCGGCGGAGGCUGGGCCGAGGCUGGAAUUACCUAUUUUGCCAAAAACGGAGUUUACCCUGAGUCGGUGUACCCCUACACAUCUGGAAACGGAUACGUAGCCCCUUGCCAAUCCCCCGGAACCCCACUGACUGGAGUGGUUAGCGGGUACAAGUCUCUGCCCAGUGGAGAUGAGAACUCCCUCAAGGAUGCCUCGGCUACAAUUGGACCCAUCUCAAUUGCCAUCGAUGCCAGCCAGACUAGUUUCCAGCGAUAUUCCGGUGGUGUGUAUUAUGAGCCCUACUGCAGCACUCGAUCUCUGGACCAUGCCGUUCUUCUGGUCGGCUAUGGAACAGACUCAGCCAGCAACGAGGCCUACUGGCUGGUGAAGAACAGCUGGGGAACCAGUUGGGGAAUGAACGGGUACAUCAUGAUGAUCAGAAACUACGGAAACAACUGCGGAGUCGCCACUGAGGCUUCAUACGCUUACCUUUAAACAUGUACACCACUUCUGAGACGCCCCGGAGUCUAUAAAGGAAACACGACCGGAAGAUCUUUAGUUUGAAGUAAAUCUCAACUUGUCGAACAGUAAAUAAGCACCGACUGACUUAAAGACUCAAUUAAGUUUCAAAUAAAGACUCAAAAUUUUUUUAUUGAUUUAAUGCUCGUUUAAUUAUUAUGGCUGUGAAUGAUAAUGACUGUACGAACACUACGAAAUGAAUAAAUGCUGAAAAAAAUCUAGUUCAACCUGCAUAACCAAUU